AAACUCCUCGCUUUGAAUUCAUUCAAUCUGAAGUUAAGGUUCAGGCAUUCAAAAACGUAGGGUGCUACAAAGAAGUAAAGAACAUCAUUUUAAACUUCAUUCUAAUACAUAUAAUAUAAUCAUACAAGCUUUUCAUGAAUAUUAUAAUAUUACAUCUCUCCUUUGUUAACCAAAUGGGUUUCGCCAUCUUGGUUUUAUAGCUAGGUUUCUACCUGUCCUAGUUGAUUCGUUCCUGAAUAGAUCUAAAGCUGGGUAGGGGCAAGCAACUUCAUGAAUGCAGAAUGUACCUGCUAGUACUAGGAAUUUCUAAGAAUUAAACAGCUAGCAUUUCUUGGUGCAUAUCAAUUAGCUUCCGAGAUCUGAAUCUUAACCUUUUAUUUUCCCUUCUUUGUUUCAUUUGGGUCCGACUCAAACAGUUCAGAAACCUAUAUAGGAAAUCUCUUCUAAGUAAGUGGACAACUCCUCUAAUUCUAGUUAUAAGCUUUAAGGUCAAAAUCUUCAAUAUUUGAAAAGGUAUAGAGAUAGGUUGACAUUAAUUGGUUUCUAGUCUAGAGUUCUCACAGAGCUAAAUCACUUAAUUCUCUAGCUAGGUUGAUUUUUCUCUUUAUUUUCAUGAACAUUGCGAAUCUGAACAGGUAGAGUAGAAGAAAUGCUAGCUCCAUAACAAUUUAGAAACAGUUUCCAUAUAUAGUCAUAUCUUCUUCCUAUAGCUAAUAUAGAUAAGUAGGUAGCGAGUGAGAGAGAGAGAGAGAAAUAGAUUGAGCAGAUGAGUGGCUUAGAACCAGCAGGUUCUCGCUAUGUCCACCAGCUCCUGGGACCAGAGCUCCAACUACAAAGACCAUCACAGCCCCAACUCACAGAUUCCAAACACUCUCCAGAGAAAGAGCAAAUACCUAGUACGGACCCUGAUGCCCCCACUACAAGUUCAGGAGCAACCUCUAGUCGCAGGCCUCGUGGCCGUCCUGCUGGUUCCAAAAACAAGCCCAAGCCACCGAUAAUCAUCACCCAGGACAGCCCAAAUGCACUGAAAUCCCAAGUACUUGAAGUCUCUGCAGGUUCAGACAUAGUUGAAUCAGUCUCAAAUUACGCCUUGCGCCGUGGCCGUGGAGUUUGUGUCCUUAGUGGCAGUGGUUCUGUCACCAAUGUAACUUUGCGACAGCCAGCAUCACCAGCUGGGAGUGUUGUAACAUUACAUGGGAGGUUUGACAUAUUGUCUCUGACUGGGACAGCUCUGCCACCACCAGCUCCUCCGGGAGCUGGUGGUUUGACUAUUUUUUUGGCAGGUGGGCAAGGACAAGUCAUGGGAGGGAGCGUGGUGUCACCUUUGACAGCUUCAAGUUCUGUGCUUUUGAUGGUUGCAUCAUUUGCAAAUGCAGUGUAUGAUAGGUUACCAUUGGAGGAGGAAGAGUCAAGAGUGCAGGUACAGCCUACAGCUUCACAAACUUCGGGAUUGACCGGUGGCCAAUUGGGUGAUGGAGGAAGCGGUGGCAGCAGUGGCGGUGUUCCUUUUUAUAAUUUGGGGGUGAGCAUGGGAAAUUAUACAGCCUUCCCUGGUGAUGCUUUUGGUAAUUGGGGUGGUGGCAAUGCAGCUAGGCCACCAUUUUAGUAUUGUUUUUCUUAUAAGAUGAGGGGGUUGCUAUUAUCAACCACCUCUCUCAGACUUUGCAGAAGUGGGAGCUCUGUGUCAGAUGAGUUGGAAGUGGAAGGGGGUGUUUUUAGAUGUUUGUUGUUAGAAUGUUGGUAUAUGUAUCUUGGUUUUGACUGUUGAGAUGAGCAUAUAUAUGGGGAAGAUGAAGAUUUCAAUGGUCUGCAGGCAUAUAAAUAUUAAUCAGGAAGAGAGUAGAAUGAAAUCCUGUGAUAUUUUAUCAGGACAAACAUGUUUCUGAGGGAAAAACUUGUGAUAUAUAUAGAAUGUAUUUUUUUUUUUUUUAUGGCGAUAUAUAGAACAUGACCCUCAGUUGUGAGGAUGUGAUGUGAGCCUCAUUAAUUUGGAGCACAGGACAUAGAAAAUCCUCCAUAUCUGUAAGUCCAAUUUAUGUACAAAAUAUCAUGACAUUGUUUUAUUUUCUUCUUUUUCAAUUGUUAACAGAUUUUCCCU